AUCACUCCUCCUGCUUGACUCCGCCCUCCCUCCCUCUGCCUGCUUUCAAUAAGAGGCAGAGACAGCAGCCAGAGGAACAGAGAGGCUGAGACUAACCCAGAAACAUCCAAUUCUCAAACUGAAGCUAGCACUCUCGCCUCCAGCAUGAAAGUCUCUGCAGCACUUCUGUGCCUGCUGCUCAUAGCAGCCACCUUCAGCCCCCAGGGGCUCGCUCAGCCAGCUUCUGUCAUAACCACCUGCUGCUUUAACCUGGCCAACAGGAAGAUACCCCUUCAGCGACUGGAGAGCUACAGGAGAAUCACCAGUGGCAAAUGUCCCCAGAAAGCUGUGAUCUUCAAGACCAAACUGGCCAAGGAUAUCUGUGCCGACCCCAAGAAGAAGUGGGUGCAGGAUUCCUUGAAGUAUCUGGACCAAAAAUCUCCAACUCCAAAGCCAUAAAUAAUCACCGUUUAUAAAACCAGACCAGAGCCUGAGUGUUGCCUAAUUUGUUUUCCCUUCUUACAAUGCAUUCUGAGGUAACCUCAUUAUCAGUCCAAAGGGAAUGGAUUUUAUUUAAUAUAUAUAUUUUUUUAAAAAAAAAAAACCUAUUGCAUUUAAUUUAUUGAGGCUUUAAAACUUAUCCUCCAUGAAUAUCAGUUAUUUUUAAACUGUAAAGCUUUGUGCAGAUUCUUUACCCCCUGGGAGCCCCAAUUCGAUCCCUUGUCACGUGUGGGCAAUGUUCCCCCUCUCCUCUUUUCCUCCCUGGAAUCUUGUAAAGGUCCUGGCAAAGAUGAUCAGUAUAAAAAUGUAAUUGUUCUUGUGAACCCAAAGUGUGACUCAGUAAAUGGAAGUAAAUGUUGUUUUAGGAAUACAUAAAGUAUGUGCAUAUUUUAUUAUAGUCACUAGUUGUAAUUUUUUUGCAGGAAAUCCACACUGAGCUGAGGGGGACAAAGAUGGCUGUGGCCAAGAGGGGCUUGGUUUGGGGGUGGGAACUGUGUCCCUGGGAAAUGACUUUUUGGUUUAGCUGGUCUUCAUUGAAAUGCAGGGUGAAACUGACAAACCCAUUCCAGCCCUCUAUUCCCAUUUUCAACAGUAUUUCC